CUCUCCCUCUCCUUUUCUUUCGUUCUUUUUUUUUUUUUUAAAUUUUCUAUCUAAACAAACAAGAUUUCGGUUUUUUGCAGUUUCCUGUUUUUCAAUUUUGAGGGAAACAAUUUUCCCACAUUUUUAAUACACGAAAAAGAGCGAAAGAAACUUCGGGUUUUUUUUUCUUUUCCUAUUGUAAUACAUCACAGGUUAAGAAAUGAAUGGGAGCUAUGUUGGUAUCCAAUUCUAGGGCGUAGGGCAUAGUUUUUUUUUUGGAUGAAUUCUGUAGGCCAAAUUAGAGUUUGGUUUUGUAAUAUUUGAUAUAAUGAUCUAAAUUUUGUGAUCUUAUUGGGUACUAAGGGAAAUGAGGCAAAUUUGCUUCAUGGAAAAGAAUUAGGUGUACAAGUGGGGAAAAAAUGACAGAUUUUCAAGCUUUACAGCAAAAACCAGACUCCUCAAAUGAUGCCACGGCUGAAUUUGAAAGGGGUUUGGAGGAAUUAAUGAGAGGGCAUUUAGAUGAUUGUAUGUCAUUUGCAUCAUGUAGUUCUAAUAGGAAUCCUGAUGAUGAAGAUGAUGAGGGUGAUCAGCUUAUUAGGAGGAGAAGAAGGUCCGAUCUCGAAGGCGAUGAUUUGGCUGAAUCCUCUGCCGCUAGAAGGCGGCAUUCUAGGAUUUUGAGUAGGUGGGCUGCUAGGCAGGCUCAGGAAAUGAUAACCACGAUUGAGAGGAGGAAUAGGGAGUCUGAAUUGAUGGCUUUAGCUGGUUUACAUACUGUUUCGACGCUCGACUCUUCGUUCUUGCGAGAGUCACCCUCGGCUAAUUCGAGGCGACAAGGAGGGACUGUCGAGAGGCCUAAUACUCGGGCUUCUUCGAUUUUGCAAAUGUGGAGGGAGUUGGAGGAUGAGCAUAUGUUGAAUAGAGCACGUGAGAGGGUGAGGCAGCAAAGGAAUGCUGAUGGCAAUACAACUAUGUCGAGUACGACGUUGUCUGAGAGUCAUGAGAGUGAGAAUCAUGGUAGUGUUGUUGAUGCAAGUGACAGUGAGAAUGAGUAUGGAACAUGGUCGAAUGAGCAGGGUGUGUCGCAGAAUGAAGUUGAGGAUAAUAACGGGUCUAGUAGGGAGCAGUCUCCUGAUCUUGGUGAAGUUGAGAGGGAGAGGGUGAGGCAGAUCGUUCGGGGAUGGAUGGAGAGUGGGAUUAGUGAUCAUUCGUCAUCACGUGUAUCCCGUGUUGGUGGCCCUAGAGCUGAAUGGCUUGGUGAAACAGAGCGUGAGAGAGUUAGAAUUGUCCGGGAGUGGGUGCAAAUGACGAGUCAACAGCGAGGAGUUCGUGGUGGACGAAGGGAAGAUCAUCAGGCAGCAGCUACAGUUGGCACACAAGUCAAUCAGCCUCGUGAAGGCUCAGUUGCUGACCAUGAUGAAGGCCAACCAGAGCAUAUUCGGAGGGACUUGCUAAGGUUGCGUGGACGACAAGCUGUUAUUGACUUGCUUAUGAGGAUUGAAAGAGAGAGACAGAGGGAACUUCAGUCUCUAUUGGAACACCGUGCUGUAUCUGAUUUUGCUCAUCGAAACCGCAUUCAGUCCCUACUCAGAGGUAGAUUCUUACGAAAUGAAAGACCUGUUGAAGAAGAGAGGCCGCCUUCAAUGGCAGCGAGUGAAUUGAUUCAAUUAAGACAACGACACACUGUAUCUGGUUUGAGGGAAGGGUUCCGCAAUAGAUUAGAAACCAUUGUCCGUGGUCAAGCAAGCAGCAAUCCUGAAACCACGUCUAGCAACGUCAUAGAUGAUUCUAGAAACGAACUUUCUCAAUCAAACACAUUACAGGAUGCACAACAUGAACGAAGUGAACAUACACAACCUAGGAGUUCAGAAAGUGACGUCUCACAGUCACAAACAGGAGAUAUGGUUAGCACCAUGGCUGCUGAGAGCAUUAGUUGGCAAGGAAAUGCUAAUCAAGGUGGGAAUUGGCAGGAGCCUACAACCAAUGACGAACGAGGAAAUUGGCAACAGCCACCAUAUGCUCAGUUCAAUGAAUGGAGAGAAGGCAGUGCAGAAGAACUGGAUACAAACUGGCAAGAAGGUUCAGUUAGCGAGUAUCGUCAAGAAAAUCCUGGAAAUGUAAAUGGGGAAGAAAGUCAUUCACAGGGUGCCCAAAGGGUUUGGCGUGAGGAUGGCUCUCGGGAAGCUGUUGAUAAUUGGUCAGAAGGGCCUUCUGGUCCUCCAAGACCACGUCGUUCAAUCCCAGUUAGAAGGUUCAAUAGAUUUCAUCCUCCUGAAGAUGAUAAUGUGUAUAGUAUGGAACUUAGAGAGCUUCUGAGCAGGAGAAGUGUCUCUAAUCUUCUUCGAAGUGGUUUCCGGGAAAGUCUGGACCAAUUAAUACAUUCUUAUGUGGAAAGACAAGGCCGUUCUCCCAUUGAUUGGGAUCUGCAUAGAAACUUGCCAACUCCAGCCUCACCAGAACGUGAUCAAGAGCAGCAGAGGGAUGAAAUAAAUGAUGACCAGAACAAUGCUAUCAGCAGACUGUCACUGGUGUUACCUUCUCCUCCUGUACCACCACCACAACCGUUAUGGCAUCAAGAUUUACAUCACACUAGCUGGUCUCGGCCCAGCAUGCAUAGAUCAGAAAUUGAAUGGGAGAUGGUUAAUGAUCUUAGAGCCGAUAUGGCAAGGCUUCAGCAGGGCAUGAGCCACAUGCAGAGGAUGUUGGAAGCCUGCAUGGAUAUGCAGCUUGAGUUACAGCGAUCGGUCAGGCAGGAAGUCUCAGCAGCAUUGAACAGAUCAGUUGGUGAAAAAGUUCUGAGUGUAGAAACAUCGGAGGACGGAUCUAAAUGGGGUCAUGUGAGGAAAGGAACCUGCUGUGUUUGUUGCGAUAGCCAUAUUGAUUCACUUUUGUACAGAUGCGGACACAUGUGCACGUGUUCAAAAUGCGCGAACGAGUUGGUACGAGGGGGAGGAAAAUGCCCGUUGUGUCGAGCACCGAUUGUGGAGGUAAUCCGAGCAUACUCGAUAUUGUAAAGAGAAGAGAGGAAUAAGUAAGAGUAAAGAGAAAGAAGCCAAUGUGAGUUUAUGUAGAGGAGGGGCUCCAUUCCAAUUAGAAAGGGUGUAUGUUUAAAUAUGUGGAACACUAUGCUUUUUUGUAUAAUUGGAAUAACAAUUGGCAUAUCAAUUAUUAUUCAUUCUUCUUUAUCAUUCUUACGUAAAUAAAAAUGUCCUCUUUUUUUU